AUAUUUUACUCAAUGACAGCCAAUGAGUAUGGUAUUACCUGGUGUGGUUGGAUUCGAGUUGUCUGGAAAAUUAUGCAAUGGUGUCACUACUAUUGACUUGGUUUUGACUGUGACCCAAAUGCUAAGGAAGCAUGGUGUUGUUGGCAAAUUUGUUGAGUUCUAUGGUGAGGGUGUGGGCAAAAUUUCGUUAGCUGACAGGGCUACCAUUGCUAAUAUGUCUCCCGAGUAUGGUGCAACAAUGGGGUUCUUUCCUGUAGAUCAUGUUUCUUUGCAAUAUCUAAAAUUGACUGGAAGAAGUGAGGAAACUGUGGCAAUGAUUGAAGCAUAUUUACGUGCAAAUAACAUGUUUGUUGACUAUAAUGAGCCUCUGCAAGAAAGAGUAUACUCAUCCUAUCUACAUCUAGACCUUGCGGAUGUUGAACCUUGUAUUUCUGGCCCAAAGAGGCCACAUGACCAGGUUCCUUUGAAAGAAAUGAAAGCGGACUGGCAUUCUUGCCUUGACAACAAAGUUGGAUUCAAUGGCUUUGCUAUACCAAAAGAGGUACAGAACAAAGUGGUAAAGUUUUCGUUCCACGGACAGCCUGCGGAGCUUAAUCACGGUAGUGUUGUCAUUGCUGCUAUCACGAGCUGCACAAAUACAUCAAACCCUAGUGUCAUGCUGGGGGCGGGCCUAGUUGCAAAAAAGGUUUGUGAACUGGGUCUGCAGGUCAAGUCAUGGAUAAAAACUAGUCUUACCCCAGGUUAUGGGGUUGUUACAAAAUAUUUACUUCAAAGUGGGCUGCAGAAGUAUUUAAAUGAGCAUGGCUUCCAUAUUGUUGGAUGUGGCUGCACAACUUGUAUUGGAAAUUCAGGGGAUUUGGAUGAAUCAGUUGCUUCUGCAAUAUCAGAAAAUGACAUUGUUGCGGCUGCUGUUCUUUCUGGGAACCGGAAUUUUAAGGGUCGUGUUCAUCCCUUGACAAGAGCUAACUACCUUGCCUCUCCUCCUUUAGUGGUUGCUUAUACCUUUGCUGGGGCUGUGAGUAACAAAAACAAAUAGUGCUGGUUUUUUUAUUUUCAUUGUUUUGUGUUUCAAGGAAUUUAUUCAUCAUUUCCUGAUGAGAUUUAAUGUGGGAACAAAUGAAAAAAGUGAAAGCUGAAUCCCUCUGGUAGUGGGUAUUUGCCUUCAUUUGGUUUUUGAGUUAGAUAUUUGCCCCUUCAGUUGUCCUUGGAGGCAUUUUUAUGUGGACCCUGAUAC